UGUCAUGCAAUUUGUCACCCAUAACACACUUGCUUGUUCCUCUCUUUCAACUGUUCCUCUACCGACUUUCCUCCCCACGCAUCCAUCCACCUCGUUCCCAUUUUUCUUCGGCCGUACAAAUCCAAAGAAUUUUCUUUUUUUUCUUUUUAACAUUCACGUGGUCACCAUCGCCUACAGACUACACACCACAGACUCCGGCUUCUUCACAUUGCACAGUACAAUACAGGCCUCCAUCGUCUACUGCCUCCAACUUGUCACUCCCUCUGAGAGAAAGACAACAACAACAACAACAAUCAAUUUCCCACCAAUCAACAACAAACCACCACCCACGAAUUUGUGAUCCCCUGUUCAACUUCUCAACCCUCCUGACCGUUGAUUCCUUUUCGACAUCUAUCCUCGAGUCUUGACUUUUUGUCCAACCAUCCCACGAGUCUCUGCCACCAACAGAACAAAAUUCACCGAUAGGCCCAUCAGCUGACCAAUUCUCCUGGUCAACAUCUCUCAGCCGUCACCUCCGUCAAUUCGCCUCCUACGCCGUAUCCAAACUACAUAUUCUGCCGUAUUCCAGAAUCAAAUUCACGCUCCGGCCUUUCCUGUGCGCGCUCACCUCGUUCACCAGAAUCUUGUAUAUCAUGUCCGACACUUUAUAAUCUCACCUCACCUUCGUGGUGUUCUUGUUCUCCCCGCCUCUCUUAUUCCCACCGCCUUUUUUAAUUUUCAUGGUCAAAGCCUAUCCGAUCUCGGCGCCGUCUUCAAUGUCGAAAAUGGCCGCUGUCCAGCGUAUGACCCGGAAAUUAUCCGAAGAGCGCGCCUCCGUUCUGGCCAACGAAGCCGUCGCAUUGUCCUUGUCGGGCGAUAAAGUGCAAGCUUCUCGAAAAUUACGCGAGGCUGCAGCUCUGGUGAACGACAAUCCAGACGUCAAAGCCGCUUUUUUGGCCAUCCACAACGAUCAGCUUAGCUCGCCACUUCGUGAUUUGUGUCGGAGAUAUUUCUUGUACCACGACAGCACCGCUGGAGACGAGGCGGUGAAUUAUUUGAAAAGUCCCGAUGCCGCCAAUGCCGCUCCCGUGGCACUUGAAUGUCUACAGAUUGUUCUCGAGAGCCAACCCACCACCCUCUCGUCUGCCCAGGAUUUCAUCAUAGCCGAGCUUGCGAGGCAGAGUCAACCCGUCCGUCAAUAUCUUGCUACCGAGCUCCAGGCGUCAACCACGGAAUUCUUCGACAAUGUCUAUGAACGUGGCGAUGAUGCGGCAAAUUGUCUCCGCUCCAUCGUGCUCGACGGCUCGCUCUGGUCGUCGGAAGAUGUUCGACUCCGCGUCGAAGAUGAUCUUUUCCAGCUCUUUCUCGCGAAAUUGAUGGAGACCGGACACGACCACGAUGGCCGCGCACUAAAAGGCAUCGCCCUCUUGUUGAUAGCCGACACCCAGCGACUGCACACCUUCAUUGACGGUGAGGCUUUCGAGGCUCUGAUGGGCUCCCUCGACCUCAGGCUACCAGCCGUGGUCCGUGGGCAAGCCACGCUCGUCCUCUCCAAAUUCUUCGAAGUCGCGGAUAGCACAGGCCAAGACUUUCUCUACGAUUACAUUCGGAAGCAUGUGGAGCGACAAAAGGGUGAUGAUCUCGUGCUGGCAUUCUCCGCCAGUGCACAUCUGUUCCCUGUGGUGCCCACCAUGAUGGCCCAGCUGUUCUUGACUGAGGGCUUUCUGCCGUCAAUCAUGCCUCUGCUGGAAAACCAAUUCAGCAAUCCCAUAGUACAUGACGCUUUCCUCAUGCUGGUGAAUGCUGCCUGCCUGGACGGGGCCUGUCGCACGGCCAUUGCACAAUACUGUACCCCAUGGCUCGCUCAUAAAGUCAGCAAUGGAACUGGGAAGCAACCUUCGCUCUCAGCGACGGUCUUGGCAAAAUUGAGAACGUCUGGUGCCAGGGCGGGAGAUCAGAGAGCCAACCAGGCGGACGAAGAUGUCAGUGAACUUGUUGAUCUUUUCAAAACUACCCUUGUCGUUGAAGAAGGAAGAAAUGUUUCUGACUCGAUUGAAGGCCUUGCGUACACGUCUUUGAAGCCCGAGGUCAAAGAAUCGCUCGCCAAGGAUCCCACCUUUUUGAAAUCCCUACUCGACACGUUGAACUCGUCUCACGAUUCACCCGAAGUGGUCGUCGGUGGGUUAAGCAUCAUCUCGAACUUGACUCAAUAUCCCGCGAACCUGUCAGAAGAACAAAAGAGAAUAUCACAGUUGAAAGCCUACGCCAAUGCCACGAAACCCGCCGACCCCAGUCCGCUCGAGAACGAGGAUCACGUAAAGGCACGGUGCUCGGCCGUGGUGGAAGCAGGAGUGGUCGCCACAUUGGUCAAACUUAACAAACGCCGGUCGCCGGCGACGUCCCAAUUGACGGAUCGAAUAUUAUUGUCCUUGUCCAAGAAUUCGAAAGACCGAGGCAAAAUCGCCCAACAAGGAGCGGUGAAACUCUUGAUCCUCCACGCUCAAAAGAAUUUGGAGUCUUCGGAGAAUAACAAUGCGACCAUCGACGCCGCCCAUGCUCUCGCACGAGUGUUGAUAUCUCUCAACCCGUCGCAUGUCUUCGCCGCAGGCUCGACGCCACAUAUCACGGAUGCAGUGAUUCCCCUCGUGGCUCUGCUGAAAACUCCACGCGGCCAGCCGGUCUUUAGUGAUCAGCCGCGGGAUCUUCUGGCCGUGUUUGAAAGUUUACUUGCCCUCACCAACCUCGCGUCGGCCCCGGAGCCGAGCGCGGCCAACAGCAUCAUCAAGACCGCCUGGGACGAAAUCGAGGAGUUGUUGCUGGGAAACAACGGCAUGAUACGACGGGCCGCGUGCGAGUUGAUCUGCAACUUGACCGUUCACCCUGCGUGUGCCGAGAAGUUCGCCGACGGUUCCAGUCGCGCCGGUCAACGGCUCCACUUGCUCAUCGCCAUGGCCGACGUCGACGACAUGCCGACGAGGAGGGCGGCCAGCGGUGCCUUGGCCAUGUUGACCGAGGGAUUCUCUUCCGUCGUGUCGGCACUCUUGGAGUUUGAACGCUCGCCCGAGAUCCUGUUGGAUCUUUGCCGGGACGACGACGCGGGAGUCGUCCACAGGGGGCUCGUGGUGGUGAGGAACAUGGUCUGCGAGGAAGACGACGCCCUGGCCACCAGGGCGAGGACCUCGUUCAAACGACAAGGUGCCGUGGAAAAGUUGAAGACGUGUCUGAAAAAGACCAAGGAUCCCACCUUGUUACAAAGAGGCGUCGACGCACUCAAGACUCUUGUGGAGUGAAUGAACUUGUUCGACUUAUCACGACCGACUUUACCCAAGCAUACCUACUUCCUACCCACGCAUCACAAGCACGAGGUGCUCGACACGCACACACUCACUCACCACCCCCCCUUCUCUCUCUCUAUUACAGAUACACAAUCUCUCCGAAGUUUACGACGGCCGGAAACCUUUUUCACCCCCCAAAUAUACUCCAUACGACUUUACGAAAUAUAAUGCAUUGCCCUGCAUGACCUGUUGGGGCUUUACUGACAAUGGCGAUGGGCAACAUCCUCCCCAUGUGUUCGGACCAUGGGACAUUUUUUUCACGAAAUUGAAACGAAACAUAGGCGUCUGCAAUUUGGGGCAUCAUCAUCAUCAUCAUCAUCAUUAUGCAUGCAAUUCGCAUUGGGCGGGGAGGGGGCUUACGAGAUACAAGUACAUUUUUUGAAAUUUACAGACGUCGGGCGCGUGGCGAUUAGAUUUGGCGGGCGUACAGCAGAUGUUCGUUCGUACGGAGUAGAGCUCUCACGUUUGGAAGACUCGACCCUUGAUUCGAUGGGACAUGAAUGAAUAGACAUGGUCAUAAAGAGCAAGGUGUUUUUGUUUUAUUUUUUGGUACCCAUAAAUUUUACAUCCUUCAUCUUC